UCGGAAACGGAGCAGAGGCUAACGAAGGGUGCGCGGAGCGUAUUGUCCGCGGCGCCUCUCAACAUGGCAUCGCGCCGGUGCCGUGGCCGCCGCGUUGGAGAGAUGUGAAGAACGUGCGAGCUUCAUCGGGGGUGCACUAGUGCGAGAAAGGGCUUCUCAGCCGUGAACGCGUGAGAGUGCAUCUUCGGAGAGUGCGUCGGAUUUCGGAGCAGAUCUCGUAGAGAACGCGAGGAAGAGAGAUCGAAGGAGCGAGCGAGAGAGAGAGAGAGAGAGAGAGAGAGAAAAGAGCGUGCUAUGCCGAGGAGUCGCACGGGGCAGGGACGGCAGGCCAAUCCGGCGGUCAUCCUACCCCGUGUCGAGUGACAGGCUGCUUACGUAACGGAUUAUUCUCGCUAUGAUAACGAUACUCCAGACAGCGCGAACGCGACACGUUGACGCGAGGAAGCAGCAGCAGCGGGACAGCAUCGUCGCCGGGAGGGCCGUCGACGCUGCGGCGACGGCGCAGCGCUCGACCCCGACAGAAAUACGCCGACCCGGAUCCCGCUAUCGCUGUCUCUGAUACCUGUCGCUUAAACGAACGCCGAGCGUCGCUACGCCCACGUCGUCCUCGUCUAUCGUGCCUCGGAAACGCGGCGACACGCCUGACCGGGGUGCCGAGUGCGAAUUAUGACAGCGGCGGUCGUCAUGGAAAACGUUAACUGGGAUCCCGCGUUGUCCAAGUUGCUGAACUCGCUGCAGGAGAACAAGUCAGAGAUACCUAGUUGUACCGAGGAGGAAUUUGGAUUUCUCAGUGAGCUGCUGCAGUCCAAGGAACUGAACGCCCUGGUGAACGUUCAUAAUAAGAUCCUCAACAAUGUUAAGGAUGAUAAAUUCUUCCCCGUGCUCUCAAACUCGAUGGACAUCGAUGUUGAAGUUCUCGAUCUGUUGUCGACCAAAACACACGUCUCGCCCGAGUGCAAGGAGCUAUUCCACCUGUUGCAGAAGCCACACAUCCAGGGUCUCCUCUGUGCUCAUGAUGCCGUGGCGCAAAAGGACUACUAUCCGAGGCUGCCGGAUAUCCCAUUGGAAGUGGAUGAGGAUGAGGAAACGGUGAAGAUCGUCCAGCUAGUGAAGUCGAACGAGCCCCUGGGCGACGCCGGCGUUGAACCGAUCGUGGGGGCGACCAUAAAAACCUGCGAAAUCACCGGCAAGAUCGUAAUCGCACGGAUAAUGCACGGCGGCGCAGCCGACCGAUCCGGUCUCAUCCACGUCGGUGACGAGGUCUGCGAAGUCAACGGUAUCAGCGUCGAGGGAAAAACACCCAGUUUUGUUUUACACAUUUUGCAAAAUUCAGAAGGGACAAUCACUUUUAAAAUAGUACCCGCGGACAGCAAAAGUGGAAUCAGGGAGAGCAAGGUUCGCGUCAAAGCACACUUUUCGUAUGUGGCUGCCGACGACCCUUACAUUCCUUGUAAAGAAGCCGGAUUAGAUUUUGUCAAGGGUGACGUUCUGCAUAUUGUCAGUCAAGAUGACGCUUAUUGGUGGCAAGCCAGGCGAGAAGGUGAUCGAAAUAUGAGAGCAGGCUUGAUCCCCAGCAGAGCUCUUCAAGAACGUAGAAUUCUUCUUGAAAGGAAAGAGAAAGAAAAGGAGAAACCAGAAGAAGACAAUAUAAGCUUGUGUUCUGUUCCAGUGCCUUUGCCCGCAUUGUGCCCCCGUCCCAGUACCUCUUUGCACGCCUCGCCUACAAAGUGCAACUUGCAGGGAACUAAAACUAAAAAAAUCAUGUAUGACGCUGCAGAGAACGAUGACUUCGACCGGGAAGAGGUACCGACCUACGAAGAGGUCGCGAAACUCUACCCCAGGCCGGGCCUAUAUCGGCCGGUGGUUCUCAUUGGGCCACCGGGAGUCGGCAGGAACGAGUUGAAGAGGCGGCUCAUGGCGACUGAUACCGAAAAGUACAAGACUCCUGUUCCCUACACAUCUAGGCCACCGCGACCAGGUGAAAUAAACGGUAAAGAAUACCAUUUCAUGACUCGGGAGCAAAUGGAGGAAGACAUCGAGGCUGGAAAAUUCAUCGAGUAUGGCGAGUAUAAGGGAAAUUUAUAUGGUACCAGUUCCGAGAGCGUCAGCUCGCUCGUAAACGCCGGAUACGUGUGCCUCUUAAGUCCUCACUAUCAAGCCCUCAAGAUGCUAAGGACACCGCAAUUGAGGCCAUACGUCAUAUAUGUGAAACCGCCAACGUUCGAAGUGCUAAAGGACACCAGAAACGAAGCACGAGCGAGGUCGACCUUCGACGAGAGCAAUUCUCGAGGCUUCACGGACGAAGAAUUUCACGAGAUCCUGCACAGUGCGGAAAGGAUAGAGUUCUUGUAUUCUCAUCUUUUCGACGAGGUGAUUGUGAACGCUGACCUUUCCAUAACAUUCGAGCAACUAAUCAACGCAAUCCAUCGAGUGGAAUCUGAGCCGCUUUGGGUACCAGCCUCGUGGGUUCAAUAAAAUGAUCCUAAAAAAUUCGAGGAACAAAAUAGCCGGAAGAGAAGGGUUUCGUUGUUAGAGACGCGCGACUACUCGUUGCAAUUUGACGAGAUCGAGCGUUUCUCGCGACGCUCGACGACACUUUAAUUCUGCUUCCCCGCGAAGGACAUAUAUUUCUCGUCUAUUGUCUCACCAAAUUGCAAUUUACCACCUAGAACGUUAUUGCGCCUUUACACUUGUAGAGAAAUUUCAUACCUCGAGCGUUCGCGAGUCUUUAUCUGUUUUGAAAACGAAUUAAAUAAAAUUUUCUAUUAUCGCGGAUGCCGUGCGUUCGUCGACGAUGAUCGUUGCUGAUUCGUAAGUGACGAUUUAUCGAUCGCGAAAGGAACGCGACGCGCUUUUCCUCGACUAGAUUAAAUAGCUAAGUAUGAAAUGUUGAAGUAAUCUCGAUGAUACGCCCCAAGUGGUUUAAAGUCGUUAAAAUUCCACAGUUCUUGUUUUCCGGAUCUAUUAAACGUUUUAGCGACACUCCGCGCAUUUUUAAUCUUACAAUUAGAACCCUUACUGCCAGAAGUUUCAUCAACGGCGAAAGAUCUCGUAUCGCGAUCUCCAAUCUCAUCGCAAAUCUCUUCUGUAUAUCCUAUCGACACGUCGCAUAGUGGGAUAUUUGACCAAUUUAGGCGGCCAAAUUUAUUUUUAUAGUUUAAGUGGAUCGAAAUGUUUCACUAAUUCAUUGUAUUUUAAGCUGUAGGAAAUACUUUUUUAUGAAAAAAAUAUAAUUUAAU